AUGCAUUUGAAAACUGGAUUAAUAUUUUUGAUCAUUUGCCUUGCUCUCCAAGUUCAGGGAAGCAGAGAAAUUCCUGAUAAAAUUAACCGUGCUGAAGCCAAACAUCUUGCAGUCACCUCAGGGUCAGACAAAACAGAAAGAACAACAAAGCGGUCCAGGAUAUCAACCAUAAGGCGGAUAUUUGACAUGGCAAAACACCGAACAAAGAGGUCAUCCUUUUUCUCAACUGGUGUGAAAGUUUGCCCACAAGAAUCAGUGAAGCAGAUUUUAGCCAGUCACCAAGCUUACUAUAGAUUAAGAGUCUGCCAGGAAGCUGUGUGGGAAGCCUUUCGUAUUUUUCUGGAUCGGAUUCCUGAUACUUCUGAAUAUCAGAACUGGGUUACCGCCUGCCAGAGAGAAACCUUUUGCAUAUUUGACAUUGGUAAAAACUUCAGCAAUUCCCAAGAGCAUCUGGAAAUAAUUCAGCGGCGAGUAAAACAUAGAACCUUCCAGGAAAGGAAAGAUGAAAUAUCAGCAGAGAAAACAGGAGGCAAAAAGGUGGAAGACAUUCCCUCCAUUUCUACAGGCUCUCCUGGCACACCCAUCUCUCCGUCUGCACCUAACAGCACAUUGCUCAAUGAGAUUUUCAAUGACACAAAGACUCCUGUGAAGGAGCUGGGAACAAAUGCAGUCCCUGAACUGCCUGUGGAGCAAAUGGUGGAAUUCAGUGUGACUCUCACUGAUCAGGAGUACACAGCUGAACUUAGUGACCCCAACUCCCCAGAGUACCAACAACUAGCUGCUAAAUUUCAGCUACAGAUGAAAAAAAUAUUUGAGAAACUUCCAGGAUUCAAAGAAAUACGCGUGUUAGGAUUCAAACAGAAGAAGGAGAAAGAUGGAUCAAGCAGCACAAUAGCUCGAUACGUGGUGAACUUUGAGAGAGAUGGCUCAGAAACCAAAGGCACAGCAGAUGACGUCUCAACUAUUGGAUCGAACAAGGUUGAAAGUGAAAAAAUACCAAUUUCUCCAGUUGAAGAGAGGGAAAUAUCAGCAACUAAACUGACAGUAACAGACCUUCAGCAGCUGGUUGCCACUGCACUCCAUGAAGACCAGUCCCUGCCAGUGGACCUUGGAACACUUCAGUUCACUGAUGAAACUGUUAUACCACCUAGUGAUUUAGACAAUGAUAUCCAAGGUGUGGUCACUAUUCCUCUGGCAGGCCCUGAUUUGGAGGAACUCCCACUAGGUUAUCCCAGUCCAGCAACAGUGGAUCAAAGAGGAGAUGUAUUUGUUGAUGAAUUUACAACUGAAAGCCCUGCUCUAAGUGAAGAAAUCAGUAUCCCUGAAGAAUUUAAUAAUUUUAUUACAUCUGAACCUGAUUUUCCUACCAAACCCUCCAGAGAACCAUUUCAGGACAGAUAUCCAUACACCCAAGUUAUUGCUACCGACCACCCAAGUUUCACAGUGCCUUUCAGUGCUCUGGGUAGCACCAGCAGUCCUCCAAAAUCAGAGGAUUCCUAUUUGCCUCCCCCAGCAGAUGACUCUGCUGGCAAAGACUUACUCACCAGUGGCUAUGAGUCUCCAGUGGAGCUGGCCACCGCAGGAAGUUUCACCACACCCCCUCUCCUGCCUGCUGGAGAGGUGGAGAAGGAAGCUGACAAGAAGCAAGACCUGACUGAUACAACAGAACCUCCUUUCAAGGAAGUCGACCAAGACAGCCUGUCUGGACAAGCAGUUAAGAUCAUGGAAGAACCAGAAUCAUCAGGUGAUGACCUUUUUGUUACAGCUAGCACUUAUGAAAGGUCGCCUUUCUUUACUGGUGCAAGUGAUGUCUCCACCGUGCAGCCUGGAGCUGUUAUUACAGAUGUGCUGCCAUCAGUAGCGCCGCUGCCUGCAGCCACCAGCCCAUCCUACAGCCCCUCUGAGAUCAUCGAGCAGUCCCUUGAGUUGCCAGGGCCCUCGGCGCCAGCCCCUGCGGCCGUUCCUGCGGAUGGCACCGGGAUGGGGGUGCAGGACAUCGCUGCCGAGCUGGAUCCCAUGGGCGCGGUGAGCACGGCCGCGCUGGACCAAGGGGAGCAGGGCAGUGGCUCCAUCCCAGGGCUGACCGCAGAGCCUGCAGAAACCACCCCGGCGCCGGCGCUCAAGUACCUAACUACCAGCUCCAUGACAACUGCAGCCAAAGGCAAAGAGCUCGUGGUUUUCUUCAGCCUCAGGGUGACCAACAUGCACUUCUCUGACGACCUCUUCAACAGGAGCUCAACGGAAUACAAAGCACUGGAACAACAGUUCAUGCAAUUGUUGCUUCCAUACCUUCAGUCCAACCUUACAGGUUUUAAGCACUUGGAAAUUCUCAACUUCAGGAAUGGAAGUGUGAUUGUGAACAGCAAAAUGAAAUUUGCCAAGACAGUGCCAUACAAUAUCACAGAAGCAGUACACUGUGUUUUGGAAGAUUUCUGUGAUGCUGCAGCCCAGCACCUCAAUUUGGAGAUUGACAGCUAUUCCCUGGAUAUUGAGCCAGCUGAUCAGGCAGACCCCUGCAAAUUCAUGGCUUGUGACAAGUUUUCCGAGUGCGUGCUGAACGAGUGGACGAGAGAGGCCGACUGCCUCUGCAAGCCUGGCUAUGCCAGCCGGGAUGGAUUGCCCUGCCGGAGCCUGUGCGAGCUGCAGCCCCACCUCUGUGUCAAUGGAGGCAAAUGUGAGCUGGUGCCAGGAAGAGGAGCUGUCUGCAGGUCACCAGAUGAGUUUACAAAACCAAGACUGACAAGUUAGUCUCUGGAAUUCCUCGUUUCCAGCAUCAGCCAGACAAAAUCAAGGUAUUCAAGAAAGAAGGUCUGCAUUAUUCAAGAUUGGACUUCAGGAUGAGUAUGAAAAACGAAAUAAAGUAUUCCUAAAGAUACAGUAUUUCGGCUCUAAUAUAAAAAAAUAGUUUUACUGGAGGAAAGAAACCAAGUUGAGCACCUUUUGAGCAUGUGUAAAAUGCCUGGUAGGAAGUUCCCCACUAUUG